AACUACCUCAAUGGUCUUUCAAUGUUUUUUUUUAUUUUAUUUUUUGUUAUGUUUCUAGGUACAUGCUGAUAUUUGGGGAGUGUUUGUUUUUCGGGCCAUUCGUCCAACUUUUCACUUUUAUAUUUUUCCAAUGGAAAGUUGAAUUCUUCAAGGUGCACUUAUAUUUUCAUCUUCUAAAGUCUACUCGUCUUCCAGAUCAACCACGUGAUUUUCGGUAAUCCUGAUCGGAGAAAGGAAAACGAAAGUAUCCUCCGAUUGGUGUCACGUCAAAGACAUAAACUGCAUUUGUUUGAGAUUUUCUUGUUUUUCCAGAAUGUCAGGUGUCGAAAAACGUUAUGAUAUAAGUGACCGUAACCUCGGCAUUAACCUCGUGAAAGAGAGCAGCGAUAUUGAUCCAUAUGAUGAUGAGCCUGACAUUUUAAGAGCGUUAUUAUCCUGUGGGCACGUCACUGGUCCGCAGACACUCACAGACUACUGUAGAAUACAGCUGACCGAGGGAAAAGCGGAUCUGAGAUGCCCUUUGUGUGAUAAACAAUGGUCUUACACUGAAGUCCGUAAUGUAGCCAAACUUACACUUGAAGAGCAACAAUACUUUGAGGAAACACUUGCCAACAACGCUACUAGAAAGAUAGUAGACAUCAAGAAUUGUCCUGGUUGUAACUGGUUCAUUGAGAGAUCCGACUCCUCUAAUAUCUGUGUUGAAUGCACAGUGUGUUCGGCUAAAAAUGGAAAAACCUUUGAGUUCUGCUGGCAAUGUCAGAAAGAAUGGAAAGGACGUCGUCCUCGCUCUGAUCGAUGUGACAAUGAUGGAUGCAGCAACAAAGAUCUGGAUUUACUGAGAGAUUGUACAAAUAUUAUUUUACAAGACGCUGGAAAUAUUGAAUGUCCGGCUGUUCGUGCUUGUCCAACGUGUGGCACACUGAUUACACACAACACAAAGAAAUGUAAAAACAUUGUAUGUUCUAGAUGUAAUAAAGAAUUUUGCUUUGUCUGUCUGAAGCUCACACCUGACUGUUUGAGGACAAGUGAUUACUUUAUUUUCUGUUCAGAUGGUGUGGCGCCACGGCAGACAUCAAUUCCAUUUUGGAGAGUUAACUGAUAAAUGAUAAACACAAUGACAAUUAUUAUGUUACAGAACACUUUUCAGAAAGCAUAGGUAGUAUAACGAGCAUUGCAUGUAAAUCUUAAGGACUACUCCUAAAUGAAUUAUAAAUAGUGUUUCUGUUCUUUUCAGUUUGCUUAGUUUAGACUGCUGGUGCUUCUUGUGGGUUUCUCAAGUAAAUGGACUUCUAUGCAAUAAUAAAUAGCUUUUCGUAUGUAAUAUGGGAUUGUAUUAUGCAAUAACAAUUCUACUGCGUUCAAAAAAUUGUAAAGCUAUUGCAUGAAAAAUCAAUAAAUGAUAUUUGGACAAAAA